CGGGGGAAAAAUCCCGGACAGCGUGGUGCAUUAUGGGAUACACGCCCAGUUCUCCCGCCACCGGCUUUACCCGUCAUGCCUGGCGGCCGUUGCUAGCACGGCUCUGUUCUCUGUCCAGGGGAGCCCCUUCGCCAUGAAGAGCCCAGCCCGGAGCCACUACCACCCCUCACCUACCCGCCUGCCCGGCCCACAGCACCAGUGCAUGACCCUGAGCCCGGCCCGCCUGCUGACCGGUGUCCCUGCCCUCGCCCUGCACCAACGGCGACCCCCUGAGCCCACGGCCUCCAGCCCCCCAGAUCUCAGCUUCCUGCAGGGUCCCACCUGCCGGGGGACAGCUCUGGACUCGGAGUCCACCAACCCCUUCCCCGAAUCGUGGCCCUCAACCGAGCGCAGCUCCCCUAGCACCCCCCAGGAGUCGCCAGCCUUGAGGCUAGGGGGCCCAGGGGCUGCCUCAGCCCAGGAUGGGGAGUCCAUCAUUGCCAAGUACAUAGAGCGUUUCCGCCAUGGGCAGCCGAGCAGCCGCAGCCAGCGCCAAGUGCCCCCCAUCUCCACAGCCAGGGAGUUCUGGUGGUUGGAGCCAGCACCUCCCUCUGACAGCUCCACCCCGAAAGGGGGGACAAAGCCAGACUGUACCAAGCUGGAAGAGGUCAGGCCAGAAUGGGUGCUUGUCAGCCCCCCACUGCGCCCCAUGGGAGCCCCCUCAGAUACCUCCCCGCUGGACUCCCCUGACCCCGACAGCCACAGCCUGCAGGAGAGAGCCACCCGGCUGCUGCUGAGAAGUGAGUCCUCCCUGAGCAGCACCAUCCCCGUCAGUUCUGAGGGGCUGCACUCCACACCUCCAUCGAGCACCGCGGACUCGGACCAGGCGCUUCCCAGCCCCUCUCACCUCUCCCUACCGGAGCCCUCCCCAGAGCCCUGGCCUCCUGCCCGUAUCCCACAAUGCUCCUCUUCCAUUCGGCCAGAGGAUGACAUCCUGUUUCAGUGGCGCCUGCGUCGGAAGAUGGAGCAGGCAAGCCAGGCUGACAGGUCGCUGCCCCUGCUGGACUGGAGGACUCAGCUGGCCUGGGGCCCAAGGAUGGGCCAUGGGGCAUGCAUGGCACAUCCUGGCGUUGGGCUGCUGCCAGGUGCAGUGGCAUGGAGGAGCAGAGAUGGUGCUGCAUUCCCAGCACCUGCUGCCCAGCCAGAAGUCAGAUCUGGCCUGGAGUGGGCACCAGGACCCUCUGCUCUUCGCCAAGAGAUGGGGCACCCCCUGGAGGUGCCCUUCCUGAGUGCUAAACCAGCUGUGGGGCAGAAUCCCAUAGCUGUCCACGUCUUGGGGCAGCUGGCAUCUGCUGCCACCCCCUCCAGCACACCACAGCCUGAGGGAAAUGGAGGAGGAGCUGCAGAGAGGUGGAGCUCCAAGGAUGCUCGGCAGGUAAUGGGACCAGCGGAACAUCCCGCCUCCCAGGAUUCUCAGCAGGGAGCAGGACUGGCAGAGCAGCCCAUCUCCCAGGAUGCUCGGCGGGCAGCAGGACCAUCGGAGCAGCCUGUCUCCCAGGAUGCUCGGUGGGCAGCAGGACCAUCUGAGCGGCCUGUUCCGCAGGAUGCUCGGCGAGCAGCGGGACCGGCGGAGCAGCCUGUCUCCCAGGAUGCUCGGCGGGCAGCGGGACCGGCGGAGCGGCACGGCUCCCGGGAUGCUCGGCGGGCAGCGGGACCGGCGGAGCGGCACGGCUCCCGGGAUGCUCGGCGGGCAGCGGGACCGGCGGAGCGGCACGGCUCCCGGGAUGCUCGACGGGCAGCGGGACCGGCGGAGCGGCACGGCUCCCGGGAUGCUCGACGGGCAGCGGGACCGGCGGAGCGGCACGGCUCCCGGGAUGCUCAGCAGGGAGCCUGGGCAGUGGGUGUGGCACAGCACAUGCCUAAAGAGACCGAGUGGCCUUCCAAGCCUCAGCUGUUGCGAGGCAGAGCUGCCACGGAGCCAGAGGCAACCCCCAGCUGGAGCAGGAGAGGCAGGAAGGGGGAAUCAUCCAUCCACGGUGUCCUGGGGCAGGUGAUCUCUGAGAGGCUGUUCUCCUCCCCAGCAUCCCACUCUCCCACCAGGGGAUGCCAGUCAGGGGAGGGAGCAGUCUCCCCUCCAGAGCAUAGUGCAGCAGAGAAGCUCCCGGCCCCUGGUUCCCAGCACCCACAGCUGCUGCAGCUGGCGGUUCAGCUGCUAGAGGAGGCGGAGGAAUCAGAUGGCACUGAAUUCGAGGAGGAUCCACUGCUGGAGGUGCUGCGGGGCCAGCGGGAGGAUCUGCGCAGCCAGCUCCGGGCCGUCGACAUCGCAGUGUCCAGGCUCGUGUCUCAGGGCUUGGCUGAGCCACUCGGCUGCCCCCGCUGACGGUCUCUGGGUCUCCCUCCCUCCUGGCCCUGCUCUGUCUGGAAUCGGCCUGGGGGAGCUGUUAACAAUAUUUUGAGCUGGGGUGACUAGCUGUGAGUCCACGUGCCCCCAUCUCAGGGCCGAGUCAGCCCAGAGCCAGAGGUGGGCAAAUCUGCCAGCUCCCCUCAGGCCAGAUAGGCUACCUAGUGCCGCCUGCACCUCAGCCAGGACCUCGCAUCCCUUGGGGGUGGGUCAUUGGCUCAGUGGGGACACAGUAGGGAGCGAGGUGGGAGCGCUGGCUGUGGGCGGAGCUCCCAGCCCCCCAGCUUGGCCCAGCGAGGGGUGCUCUAGGGCACAGGAGCUGUUCCCUGGCCAGGUGUGGAUGGUUUUUGCUGUUUUCUUAGACAAUGUAAUAAAAGUGGGUUUGCUAAUUGGCAUGGGA